CUAUUUUGACAGUUGAUUUAAAUUUAUUAACAUCUAUAAAACAAUCCACCAAUUUUAUUUUAAAUAAAAUGUCUUCAGCACGAACUGAAAUUAUUACUGUACGAAAAAUAAAGGGGAAACCAAUAGUAGAAAAUAGUUCAGAUAGUUUUGACAUUGAGGAAAGUAGUGAUAAUAGAUUAGAUGAAGAGUCAUACGGGGAACAAUCUGAAAUACCAAACAAUUUGCUAUGCAUCUUGUGCAGACUUGGUAAAUUGGGAGCAGCUUAUUAUAAUUUUACCGAUAAACAACUCUAUGUAUAUGAAGAAAUGUUGGAAGCAGGCCCGCAAUACUUAACCACUGUAAGUUUAUUUCGUGAAAUACAACCGAAAUACAUUUUAACCAUCGGAGGAAAGUCGGAGAUAUUCGUCAGAAUUCUAUCAGAGAUAAUAACAUAUGGAGAAAGUUGUUUGAAUUCUACUACGACUACCGAUACCAUACCGGUACCGAAAAAUUUGUUUUUGGUGUCUUCGAAGGAAUACAAUUAUGAAAUAUGCAAAGCAAUAAUUUCUCAACUACAACUAGCUUCAAUCGUAGACGAACCAACAGACACCAAAAGAGAAGUCUAUAUUCAUUCUCUUAUCAAUUUUGAUAACAGACUCUCUAUACAAGCUAUCGGGACGUUAGUGAAAUUCCUCGAAAAAAAUUGGACGUUUUUUGGUAUAACGGAAAAAACGGAGCUUUGCUACAUCCACAUAAAUCAAAUCUCAAGAAAAGAUCAUGUAUUAGUGGACAACUCAACUUUUCAAGCCUUGCAAAUAUUUUCAAAACGCGCUCACGAUUCAGGUUUCAAAAGAGGUCUGUAUUCGAGUGAAAGAGAAGGACUCAGUUUGUAUAAAUUAUUUUCUCUGAACUGCAAAUCAAAGGUUGGAUUACUGGCAUUAAAGAAUGUACUUUUGAAUCCCUUGAAUAACAUCAAUAUCUUAAACAAGCGUCUGGACUUCAUUGAAUUUGUUCUGGACCCCAGCAAUAGAGAGUUUGUAGAAAGUUUAAGAGAUAAUUUGCGAUUAAUUGCAAGCGAUAUUAAUGUGAUUUUAACUAGAAUUGAGAAUUCUAUGGCAAAAUUUAGGGAUUGGCACGUCCUGUACAAGACAAUCUACCAUACAAUUUUUUUAAAGGAGAUCAGUUCUCCUUACAUUGAAAAAUGUUCGAUACUCAUGGAACUGUACGAAAAAGUUUCUGAUAAUCUAUUGGGUUUGGAGAAAUCUAUCAAUAACGGUUUGGAUUUCGAUGCCAGCAAGAAACGCGGUAAACCGAUAAUUAAAUAUGGACUCGAUAAUGUAUUAGACGAAAAAAAAUUACGAAGACAAGACAUAAUCAACGAUGUUAUGGCUGCUGCUCGGUUUGCAGCCGAAAAUUUACCCGAUUUUUUGGAUGAAUGCUCCGUCGUUUAUAUACCAGAAAUGGGACAUUUACUAGCCAUUAAGGAAUGGGAACCCGAUUGUAUCCCGGAAGAUUUGCAACAUUUGGGAUUUCAGUUCGUGUUCAAAAUUGGAGGAAGGAUCCAUUAUAAGAAUCCAAUGUGUAUAGAAUUGGAUAAAAGACUUGGUGAUACUAUUUCCGAAAUAAUAGACCACGAAAACAGGAUUUUGAGAAGAUUAUCUGGAUUCGUUAUAAAAUAUAAUAGAGAUAUACGGGAACCGCUGAAAAUAAUAGGAUUAAUCGAUUGCCUGAUUUCCAUGGCGAUAACAGCAUCUACCAAGCUGUUCGUCAGACCCUCGCUAAAUCAAGAAAACUACUUCGAAAUGGAAGAAUGCCGUCAUCCGUUGAUGGAAGAGAUCGUUGAACAAUUUCAGCCAAACGAUUUUUAUUCAGGAGGACCAUAUAGCCGAAUGAAAAUCAUUACAGGACCGAACAGCAGUGGAAAAAGUGUCUACCUCAAAGAAGUGUCUCUAGUAAUUUAUAUGGCACAUGUUGGAUCGUUUGUACCAUGCGCUAAGGCUAAUAUAAAUCUGUUGGAUUCUAUACAUACUAGAUUGUUAGCUACAGAAAGCGUGGCUGUUAGGUUGUCUUCGUUUAUGAUUGAUUUGACACAGAUGUCUCACGCCUUGAUGGACAUCAGUAGAUCCUCGUUGGUAUUUCUGGACGAAUUUGGAAAAGGAACUACAGAAAUUGAAGGAAUUGCUCUUCUCGAAGGAGCUUUAAAACAUUUCCUCUCGAGAGGAUUGAACUGUCCCCACGUAGUGGUCGCAACACAUUUUCAAAAAAUCCGCCAACGUCUUCCAGAAUCUUCGUUAAUCCAAUUUCAGAAAAUGGAGCACACUAACGAAAAUGGUGUAUUAUAUUUUUUAUAUAAAAUUAGUGAAGGUGUAUCCAAUAGUUUUGCUAUUGACGUUGCCGAAGCUAUUGGGAUCGACAAAGAAGUCAUUGAACGAGCACGGUAUUUUUUUAACUGUAUAGUUAACGAAGAACCAGUUGCUCCUUUAGAAAAAAUACUUAGGAGGAAUAAUUUCGACCCGUAUAACUUUGAAAAGUUAAAUAUUCCAGAACCUGACGAAGAUGGACCCGAUUCUGAUGGAUAUUUACAGCAUUUAGAAGAAAUGCCUCUGGGCGAAGAUAACCCAUAUGUGGAUGAAGAUGUAAUGAAUAUUGGUGAAGAUGAAAACAAUCUGCUACAAGAUGAUUAUGGACUGCAGCAAGAUGAAUAUGAAUUGCAAGAAGAUAAUGGAGUGCAUUUUUUUAAAUGAAACUCCUAAGAGAUAUCGAUUUAAGUCGACAAACAGCAAGUUCGAGCAGUCCCAC